AUGACUAUGGGAUUUUUACUCAAACGAGAGAAUAUGAAAAAUGAGAGUGCACGCAACAAGAAGUUUGGAAGAGCUGCCUUGUACGUAUUGGUGUUUGGUGGCCGGCGGAGCGUUGCUCUAUUUCUGGCAGAGAGAGUCUGUGAGAGACCCAAAGAUGAAGGGAACGAAACGUUGGAGAAGAUGACACUGUGGGAGAAAAAGAGGGGUCAGAGGGUUGUGGGUGGCUGUUGUGGAGAGUGGAGUGUGGAGUGGUGA